UCUGGACUGAAACAAAGAAAUCAUUCAUGAGGAGAGCAGCUGAAAUGGCAGGUACCCUAACUCUUUUAAAAUUCAAUAAAUAUUAAUGAAACUUCAUGAAUCAUUAUAAUUGUUUUCUUACAGGCGGGCAUACCUCCACAUCAGCUAAUACUCGCACUAGAACCCGAAGCAGCUGCAAUAUUCACAUAUGAGUUGAUGAAAGCAGAAUCACGUGUUGAAGACUUCUUUUAUUCCGGUCGUCAAUUUAUAGUAGUGGACGCAGGGGGGGGUACUGUCGAUAUAACCGGAUAUGAAGUUGCACAUGAUGGAAGCCUGAGCGAGAUUUUCCCACCUUCAGGUGGUGACUGGGGAGGAAACAAUGUUAAUCAAGAGUUCAUUUCACUUCUAAAAGAAAUUUGUGGUGAAGAAAUCAUUGCAAAAUUUAGACAGGAAUUUGCUGGUGAAUAUCAUGAACUCGAAAUGGACAUCGAGUUCUCAAAAUGUAGAAUUAAAUCCGCACGAACCGAUCAAGAUUUUACCUUGAAAAUACCCAGCAGCUUACGGGAGAUGUAUAAAGAAAAUGCUGGAAAAAAUUUUAAUACAACAGUAAACAGAUUUGGAAAAUCAUUCGAAAUUAAAUUGAGAGCUGAUAAAAUUCGAUUUUCUCAAGACCUAGCUCUUUCACUUUUUAGACAAUCUGUAUCUUCUAUCGUAAAUCACUUAAAUGUCUUGCUGAGUCAACCAGAUGGACAAAACAUCGAUGCAAUUAUAUUAGUAGGAGGAUUUGCAAACUCAAGUGUUCUUUUUAAUACUCUUAAAAGUGAAUUUGCACCGAGAAAGGUUAUUGCACCAAAUUAUCAGGACGGUGAUGCAUCUUGGUCGAUCUUACGAGGAGCAGUGAACUACGGCCAUGGGUCAAAGGUCAUAGGUUACAGACGUAGUAGACGGACGAUAGGCUUUGAAGUCAAUGAACCAUAUGAUAAAGGUCACCACCAAGUCAGACAAGCAGUUAUGGUGAACGGGGAAGCAAGAUGUUAUAAUGUGUUUAAGAAAAUGGUAGAAAAGAAUCAGCUUCUGAAAGCUGGUGAAUUCAAAACUGAAGUAGUAGGGGUCGAUCUGGACUGGGAUGGGAACCUGAUUUUCUUCGCUUCAGACAAUAAAGAUCCCAUUUUUACAAACGAAGAAUCUUGUUUCAGGAUUGGUUCCAUGCGUGCUGAAGGACCUUUUCAAGCUAAUUCUGCUUUGGAAAUUAAAAUGAUUUUUAGUAAGACUGAAAUCGAAUUCGAGAUUAAGAACAUUCAAAGUGGCCUUAUAAGUAAAAGAUUUCUAACUCAGUUUUAG